AUGCUAAUUUAUAAAAGUUACCUAUAUGUGCAAUUUUCAAUAAUAAACACUUUUUUUCUUGUGCGCCUAAUCCUAGAUGAGGAAAGCUAAGUGAUAUACACAAUAACAAACUCAAUUUCUUUAACAAUAUCGGUUUUAUUACUUGGUAUGGAGGUACUUAAAAAACAGAAUUUAUACGCCAACAAUCUAGGAGGAGUAUUUUUGUGUGUGCUCAAUAUGGAGUCCAUUUACAAUGAAUUACCUCAAAUAAAUACACUGCAAUUAUGGACAUUUAUAGUGAUUCUUGUUACACAUUUUGACGAUGAAUUAAAAUGGCAUAAAUUUAUGAAACACUCACUCUUCUUAUACUUUGUGAUCAGAACCUUCCUAUAAACAAAGGAUUAACUGUGCAUUACUGAAUAAUUGACCUGUUUUCUCUGGUAACCUUUGAAUCAUUGGAUGUUGUAUUAGAAUAAGGAAGAUGGCCUGAUGGCAAUUCAGAAGCAAUCUUUGGAUAUCACCAAAUGCAACCUAGAUUAGAAGCAGUAAAUUAUUAAGGACUCAUCUGAAUUGGAUUUAGAAUAUAGCAGUGUUUUGGGGAGUUAGCGUCUCCAACAUAAUUUGAAGGAGUUGAAGCAAAUGGAACUCAAAAAUCCCUUUGUGUAACAUAAGGAGUGUGUUCGGAACACCUGCACAAUGAAAGAAUUGGAAACAAGGCAUUCCAAUAUAUAAAUACCCGAGAUUUGGGAUUUGUUGCCUUUUGGAAUAGGACUUAUGAAUAAUCUAUUUGAAAUGGAGAUAAAUAAUUAAAAAUUUUUAUAGUUUUUAAAAGUGUCAGAUAAUGAUGGAAAAAACAUCAUUUUAAAUUUAGAUUCACUAUUAGAUAGGUAUGAUCCAUAUUUAUAAUAAGUUCUGAAUCGUGGGAAAGUAAAUCCAUCAAGUAAGUAGGCUCCAAUUAUAGCAACCGUUAGAGUAGAAGAUUCCCAAAAGCUCCACAAGUGUCCAUAAUAUCAAAAGGUUUAAAUGACUAAAACUCAAUGAUUCCAGAUGGAGGCACCAAUCCUAACCUCACUAAUAACUUUGGUUGUUGUUCAAAUACAAAUAACUAGAUCAGAGACGAAGUGAGGACAACUAAGGCUAGAUUUAAAAAUCUGAAUAGGUUGUUCUCUAAAUUCCACCCAAAGUCUCCCUCUUAUACAAAUAAUGUGGAUAACUCCAUUUAAUCAAUAGGAUAGAACACAUAGAUUAUUAAGAUUGUUUAGGAAGUUGGGGCUAUGAAGUGCUAUUUAAGAAUUAAGGUGUAUGAGGUUGAAAUCAAUAAUAAAAUCAACUAUCUCUUUUUGAUUGAGAACAUAUCGAAUAAGGAAGAAUUGAGGCAAUUGAACAUCAGAUACAAGUAUUAAUAGGCACUUUUGAAUUCAUUGUGUCAUGAACUAAGGACACCAAUGAACAGUACAUUGUCGCAAUUGAAUGUGCUAUCUACAUUGAUUGCACCUGAGAUUAGAGAUAAAAAUUUACAGCCAGCGAUAAUUUCAGCCAAAAAACUUAUGUUUUAAUUGAAUGAUAUAUUGGAUUAUGCUUAAAUAGAUUGUAAAAACUUCAAUUUGAGUAUUUCUCAGUUUGAUACAAAUGAGAUCUUUGAAAUUUUGAGGGAGUUGUUUGAUCAAGAAUGUAAAGAAAAGUAGUUGGUUUUCUAAUUAAAUACUACUGCUAAUUAUGCAGUUUGUAGUGACAAAGAGAGAAUACUGAGAAUUCUAAUCAAUUUGAUAGAUAAUUCAAUCAAAUUUACUAAUUAGUGUGGUUCAAUAAGAGUGGAAGUUUAAUAGCAAUAAUCAUAUAUAAUUUUUUCAGUAGAAGAUAAUGGUGUUGGAAUGGGGGAGAAGACUUUAAAUCAGAUUAGAAGAAAUUGUGAUUUAAAAUUAUAUGACUCUUUCUUAGUUUAAUAAACCAAAUUAGGACUAGGAUUGAAGAUCUCUUAACAAAUAGCCAAAUAUCUAUGUGUGGAUAAUGAAUUGGUUAUAAUGAGCACUGAGAAUGUGCAAACAAAGAUAUCAUUCAAAGUAGAGAAUCAUCAAAAAUAAGUAAGCUAAUAAAUGUUUCCAUCCUUCUAAGGGUUCAAUUUUACAAUCAGUUGCAAUUGCAUACAAAUCUUGAUUGUGGAUGAUGUACGAUUCAACCACAAUGCCAUUGAAGCUCUGUUGUCGUAACACAAAAUGAAGAUGGAUAGUGCGUAUAAUGGUUAAUAAGCAAUUGAGAUAAUUAAAUAAAAAUUGGUUUCGCCAUGUUGUAAGACUUACAAGUUAAUUUUCAUGGAUAUUGAAAUGCCGGUGAAGAAUGGCUUUUAGGCGUCGAAGGAUGUAAUCUAAUAUAUAUCAUAAUUUAUAGAUCAAUGAGAUUCUGAAAUAAGAGAAUUUGAAUGAUCAAUGUGCAAUUGUGAUGUGUUCUGCUUACAAUGGGAAUGAAAACAACGACAUUGUGAGGAACUGCGGCAUCAAAGAGGUAUUGCCUAAGCCAAUUGAUCAAAAAUAAUUUAAACAAUUACUUGAUAAAUAUUUAUUAUGA